UGACGAUGGUGGAUUAAGACACCCCGGCUGCAUUUCUACCAGAUGACUGCCAAUUGGAUGCUCAUCGUACAAUUGCAUAUAUUGAAAAGGACCCUUGCCGACCUGGUGUCAAGGAUUCAGUACAGCUUUGCCAAAAAGCCGGGGUUAAGGUAAAGAUGGUCACGGGUGACAAUGUGAAAACUGCAAAGGCAAUUGCUGUGGAAUGUGGAAUACUUAGUUCACUUGCUGAUGCUAUUGAGAGAACUGUCAUUGAAGGCAAAACAUUUCGAGCCUUGUCAGAUUCAGAAAGAGAAGAAAUUGCGGACUCAAUAUCGGUUAUGGGAAGGUCAUCUCCCAAUGACAAACUAUUGUUAGUACAAGCAUUAAGGAGGAAGGGUCAUGUUGUGGCUGUUACUGGGGAUGGAACGAAUGAUGCUCCUGCACUUCACAAGGGAUGAAACUUAAACUCUCAUUCAGUCAUCCAAAUUCAUUAUAGAAGAAGGCCAUAUAUUUUCAAGGAGGGACGUUUAAGUCAAACCAGUUCUCUAAGCUAGCAUUUGAAAAUAAAUUAUCAGUUGAGGAGAAUUCUAUUAUCCGACUAAUUUGUAAUUUGGAGAUAGUUUGUAUCAGAAAAUCGAUUACUUAUUUGUACAUUUCGUUUUGAUUAUGUAAUUGGAUAUCUUAUAAUACUUAAAUUGGGUCCAGAAUAUAGCUACACUUUUUUUAA